GCUGCUGUGCUCCACAAUCCUGCUCCACCUUGCAGCCGUGUCCCGUCUGCUGCCAGGUUCAACCAUGCCCAGCAAGUGCUUGCAUUCAAGCAUCACCUGUUUAUGGCCGCAGCUGUUGUUCGCCAUGUGCAGCACCAUCUUGUUGUCAGUCGCAGUGCUGCUGUGGAUCAUGUUGCAACUGCGGCGCUUGCGGAGGUUGUGGUUGCGAGAAUUGUUGUUGCGGAUGCUGCAGGAGGCGUUAAAACACAGCUUCUGAUGGUCCACAGAAAUCAAAUGCCACUUAUUUCUUGA